GUUUCCUGUGUUUUACCAUGAAUACAUUUUUCAGGACUGCCUGCUUGCAUCGUAGGCCGGUGGAGAGGUUUGAAUAGGUAGAAUCAAAGAUCGCCGCUUUCUGAUAACCGCAAAUAUACGACAUCACUGAUGUUCCUCUACCAACUGUUGCCCUUCCUUUGGGCUGUGUCUGCAAAUGCAGAUUUCUUUCAAUUUGACACUAUUUCAAAUGCAUCUACGUAUUAUUUCAAUUAUAUUUAUUGUAAUAUAUGGGAAGGGGAGUGUCAACCUAAUCAAGAUGAUACGACUCAGCAAGUACCAACGAGGGACCUGUGGGCAGGAUUUCCUCAGGACUACAUCCGUUUGCUGUCACAGUGGUAUUGCAGCCUGGGACAGUGCUGUGAAUCAGGGGAUUGUCGGAUAACAAAUAAUAUUACAGGUUUGGCUAGUGAUCUACAGCUAAAGCUUCACGGGCAGCACCUUGCCCAAUCAGUGGUUUUGAAGGCUGUACAGGGCUUCAUCAGUAACCCUGAAUCCAAUAAGCCAUUGACCCUCUCCUUUCAUGGCUGGUCUGGCACCGGCAAGAACUUUGUGGCCCGGAUUGUAGCUGACAACAUGUACCGGGAUGGAGUGAAGAGCGAGUGUGUGCGUCUUUUCAUCGCCCCAUUCCACUUCCCCCAUGCCAGACUGGUGGACACGUACAAGGGCCAGCUCAGAGAAGCUAUCCGGGACAUGGUGCUUCGUUGCCCACAGACACUUUUCAUCUUUGAUGAGGCUGAGAAACUGCAUCCGGGCCUUAUAGAUGCCAUCAAGCCCUAUAUGGACCAUUAUGACAAUGUGGAUGGGGUCAGCUACAGGAGAGCUGUCUUCUUAUUCCUCAGUAAUAUUGGUGGGACAACCAUCAACGAUGUGGCCUUGGACUUUUGGCACUCAGGGCAGAACAGAGAGGACAUUGGGAUGGAGGACUUGGAACACCGGCUUCGUGCUGAAGCUAUGGAAUCUCAAGGAGGCUUUGCACAGAGUGAGCUGAUGUCAGGCCAUCUUAUUGACUUCUUCGUGCCCUUCCUACCUCUGGAGUACCGUCAUGUCAAGCUCUGUGCCCGUGAUGCCUAUUCAGCGCGGGGUCUGGAGCCAGACGAGGGAACGCUGGACGAAGUGGCAAAGGCCAUGCUAUAUGUACCCAAGGAGGAGAGGCUGUUCUCUGCCCAAGGCUGCAAAUCCAUACCACAGAGGAUAAAUUUCUUCCUCCCCUAAACAGACUAAUGCAACCCAGAAAACACACAGUAUUUUAGCAAAAACAAAAAAGUAUGAUGACAUAUUGAACAUUGUUGCAGUGUGGUGUUUCCACACCUCACCCUACACUGCCAAGAAAGCAAGCAUAGGGCAUCUGUCUCUUGUAAGAUUAUAUCUGAUAACCAAAUAAGAGAUUUUACUAGUGUUACUUUUCAACUUUGAUUUUUCCCUGCUCAUUAGACUACUUAUGCACUGAUUUUUAGUUCAAGCUCAGGUCAACUCUGUAGUAUUAGUAUUUGCAUGUAUAUAUUUAUUGUGCAUUCGGAAAGUAUUCAGACCCCUUGACUUUUUCCACAUUUUGUGACAGCCUUAUUUUAAAAUGUAUUAAAUUGCCCCCCCCCAUUUAAUUUACACACAAUACAACAUAAUAACAAAGCAAA